GACCAUUUUCGUGAAGAAAAUAUUAAUAAAUGAAAAAUAAUGAAAGUGAAGAUUUCUCCUCGCAUUUCUGAUUCAAACUGCUGCAUCACUCUCUCACCAUACACACUGUGUUGUGCUCCUCGGAUUCCAUAAUUAUUCAACCGUUAACAAACUACCGGAUUCGGGUCAUAACCCGUACACAGUCGAAGGGAAGCAGCAGUCCAGGAAACGGGUCGGAUCCGUGUAGAUCACACUCAGAAUAUGGAUGCGCUGCAGGAAUCGGGUUGGGAGGAGCUCCGGAAAGAAGCCCGUAAAAUCGAAGGCGAUCUCGAUGUCAAGCUAUCUUCCUACGCUAAGCUCGGCGCUCGUUUCAACCAAGGAGGUCAUGUGGAUUCUGGUUCACCAACUCUUGGCUCAAGCAGGUCAUGGAAGUCUAUGGACAUGGAGAUUGAGUCCUUGCUGGAGAAGCUACUUGAUAUAAAUGAUUCUAUGAGUCGAUGUGCUGCUUCUGCUGCUCCUACUACUUCAGUUACUCAAAAGCUUGCUAGACACAGGGACAUACUGCAUGAGUUUACCCAGGAAUUUAGGCGUAUCAAGGGAAAUAUUAACUCAAUGAAGGAACAUGCAGAACUUCUUAGUUCUGUGCGAGACGAUAUCAGUGAGUACAAGGCCUCUGGCAGCGUAUCUCCAAGAAUGCAAUUAUUACGUGAGAGAGCUGCCAUACAUGGAAGCAUAUCUCAUAUUGAUGAUGUGAUUAGUCAAGCUCAAGCAACUAGAGCUGCCUUGGGUUCUCAAAGGACCUUAUUCGGAGACGUUCAAGGAAAAGUCAAGAUACUCGGCGACAAAUUCCCAGUCAUUCGUGGUCUAAUUGGCUCGAUCAGAAGAAAAAAAUCAAGAGACACUCUCAUCCUCUCCGCUGUUAUCGCUGCUUGUACGCUCUUCCUCAUCAUCUACUGGCUCUCAAAGUGAACGGACAUUUUACUUUGGUUCAAAAGUAAGUGAGAGAAAAUCGGCCGUCUUUUCUUUUUCUUUUUCUUUUUUCCAAUCAAUUAUAUGCAUUUUGGUUACUUCGUUGCGCAAACGACAUAUUAGAUGAUUAUAAUUUUCGUCAAUUAAUCAUCGGCCUAUAUUGAAAUUAUAUACUGAAUCUAUAUAUUAGUUUUAAAGUAGAGAUUCAUAAAAAUUUCAUUUUUCAUU